AAAGUGGGAACGGUUUGCAGGAAGCGGAAGUGUCACUGUAAGCGGAAGAGGUUUAGCCUAGAACAACCGAAGAGCGACGCGGAGGACGGGGACCCAAUUUGUGUCUUUUUAACGAUUAAAGUCAGAGCAAACGCCGUUUAUAACUCUAAAAAUGGACAAGAGUGACCUGGUGCAGAAAGCCAAGCUUGCCGAGCAGGCCGAGCGCUAUGAUGACAUGGCAGCCGCUAUGAAGGCUGUUACCGAGGGCGGCGUGGAGCUCUCCAAUGAAGAGCGCAACCUGCUCUCAGUGGCGUACAAGAACGUGGUGGGUGCCCGUCGCUCCUCCUGGCGUGUGAUCUCCAGCAUCGAGCAGAAGACCGAGGGGAACGAGAAGAAGCAACAGAUGGCACGCGAGUAUCGUGAAAAGAUCGAGACUGAACUGCAGGACAUCUGCAAUGAUGUGCUGGGUCUUUUGGAGAAGUUCCUCAUUCCCAAUGCUUCUCAGGCAGAGAGCAAGGUGUUUUACCUGAAAAUGAAAGGCGAUUACUUCAGAUACUUAUCUGAGGUUGCGUCUGGAGAAUCCAAGACCA